AUGACACAGAGCGUGCUCAUCCUCGGAGCCGGCGAGCUAGGCCUGGCCGUGCUAGAAGCUCUAUCCAAGCACACGCUUCGCGAUGAGAUCUCCAAGCUGAGCGUGGCAGUACGCCGGUCAACCAUCGAAUCCGACGCAGGAGACAAGAAGCGUUCCGUGGAGCGCAUCCGGUCCCUGGGGGCCACUCUGGAGGGUACCGACCUGGCGGCCGCAUCCGUCGACGAGCUGGCCCCCAUGCUGUCCAGGUACGACACCGUCAUCUGCUGCACGGGUAUGGACCUUCCAGCAGGUACGCAGGUCAAGAUUGCGCGUGCGGUGCUCCAGGCCCGUGUGCCGCGCUACUUCCCCUGGCAGUUUGGCGUGGACUACGACGUCAUCGGGCAGGGCAGCUCGCAGGACCUUUUCGACGAGCAGCUGGCGGUGCGCGCCCUCCUGCGCGGCCAGGACGCCACCCGCUGGACAAUCGUGUCGACGGGGGUGUUUAUGAGCUUCCUCGUCGAGCCGGCGUUCGGCAUCGUCGACCUGGCCUCCAGGACGGUGCGCGCCCUCGGCAGCUGGGGCGCGCGCAUCACGGCCACGACGCCGGAGGGAAUCGGACGGGUGACGGCCGACGUGAUCAUCACCGGGAACGGCAGCAGGGAUACGGAUGGGAUCGUGUACGCGGCUGGGGAUACCGUCUCGUACCGGGAGCUGGCCGAUGCUGUGGACGCGCAGUUUGGCCCCCCCGCGUUCGAGAGAGAAGUGUGGGAUGCGGACGCGCUCGAGGAGCAGCUGCAGCAGAGGCCCGACGACGGCAUCGUCAAGUACCGCGAGACGUUUGCCAGGGGCGUCGGCGUGGCGUGGGAUCUGGAGAGGACGAUUAAUCAUCAGAGGGGGAUGGAGAUGUGCGACGUCAAGACGUAUCUGGCGAGUCUGGGGCGACGCCCGUAA